AUAUAUACAUAUAUUUAUAUACAUACAUAUACAUACAAUAAACGCCAAGGACUAUGAACUUGGGGCAAUGACGGCCCACAGCAUUGAGAACGUUCACAAAAUGGAUAGGGAUCACACCGCCGAGCUGCUGUUACGCUCGCAGGACAAUGGGACGCGGCUACUGCCCGAGGCAGAUGCAGCACCAACUAGCACCAACUGCUCCUCCGAUUUGCUAUUCAAUAAGGCGCGAUGCCGCCGAAGAGAAUCCGUAACCGAACGGCAUCCGCAUCCACGUUCACGUCCAAAUUCUCGUUCUCGUCUUGGUCCUGCCAUAGUGGUGGAGUAUCGUCGCUCGUAUCGAGUGCUAAUUGUGACGGCGCUCCUUGUCAGUUUGGCGGCCAGUUUUAUAACGAUCAGUGCUGGAUUUCAGUUGGACGGAUCGCAGAGCUCCUUUUACACAUUUCGCAAAUGGUAUACGGGUUUGAAUGGAACGCUGGAGCUGGAGUUCAAGACGGAACAACCCAAUGGCCUGGUGCUCUAUACCGAUGAUGGGGGCACCUAUGAUUUCUUUGAACUGAAACUGGUUGAGGGCGCACUCCGGUUGCGCUACAAUUUGGGUGGCGGUGCCCAGAUCAUCACAGUGGGACGAGAACUGCACGAUGGGCAUUGGCAUAAGGUGCAGGUGCUCCGCAAUGAUGAGCAGACCUCACUGAUUGUGGAUGGGGUUUCACAGCAGCGAUCAACCAAGGGCAAAGAGUUCCAGUUUGGCAAGUUUGCCAGCAACUCGGAUGUGUAUGUGGGCGGCAUGCCCAACUGGUAUAGCAGCAAACUUGCACUGCUCGCUUUGCCCAGCGUCAUCUUUGAGCCACGCUUCCGUGGCGCCAUCCGCAAUCUGGUCUACGCGGAUCAGCCCGGUGGGAUUACCAGGCGGCAGGAGAUGAAACAGCCGCGCGACAUCAAGUGCGGCGAUGCGCCUUGUGACCAUGCCGAGAUGCCGCCACGCGAAAGAGGAUUGAGGGGUGUUCGUGGGAACACGACGGAUGCGUGUGAACGCAACGAUCCCUGUCAGCAUGGUGGUAUAUGCAUAUCCACCGAUUCGGGUCCAAUAUGCGAGUGUCGCAAUCUUGAGUACGAUGGCCAGUAUUGUGAGAAGGAGAAGGCGCCAUCCGAAGCAACGUUCCGCGGUACACAGUUCCUCUCGUACGAUUUGGGCCAGACGGGCGCCGAACCGAUUGUCAGUGCCCAGGAUGCCAUUUCGUUCUAUUUUCGCACACGCCAGCCAAACGGUCUGCUCUUCUACACCGGACACGGCACCGACUAUCUCAACUUGGCGCUGCGCGACGGAGGCGUCUCACUAACCAUGGGCCUGGCCAAUGGCAAGCAGGAGAUGCAUAUUAAGCCAUCCAAGGUGCGCUUUGACGAUCAUCAGUGGCACAAGGUCACCGUGCAUCGGCGUAUUCAGGAAAUCUCGUCCAUAACCAGCUUCUGUCGGCUCGUCACUGUGGUGGAUGAUGUUUACACGGAUCAUUCCCACAUUGCUGGCAAGUUCACGAUGCUCUCCUCGUCACGCGUCUAUGUCGGCGGUGCUGUUAAUCCUCGAGCUUUGCUCGGCGCUCGGGUGCACAACAAUUUUGUGGGCUGUUUGCGCAAAGUGGAGUUCUCGGCGGAUACAUUGAAUCUGAAUCUCAUUGAUCUGGCCAAGAGUGGAUCCAAGCUGAUACAGGUGGCGGGCAAUUUGGAAUAUCAAUGUCCCAGUGGCGAUCCUCAGGAUCCGGUCACAUUCACCACACGCGAAUCGCAUUUGGUUUUGCCGCCAUGGGAGACGGGCAAGCAGAGCUCGAUAAGCUUCAAGUUUCGCACCAAGGAACCGAAUGGCAUAAUCAUCUUAGCAACUGGCUCCAAACAGCCACGCGCCAAGAACGCCGUGUUGAUUGCCAUUGAGCUGUUGAAUGGCCACAUCUAUAUACAUCUGGAUCUGGGCUCAGGUGCGUCAAAGAUUCGGGCUUCGCGACGCCGCGUGGAUGAUGGCGACUGGCACGAUCUCAUUCUGCGCCGGAACGGACGCGAUGCCAAGGUGAGUGUGGAUGGGGUUUGGAACGAUUUCCGUACACCCGGCGAUGGCACCAUACUCGAGCUGGAUGGCCACAUGUAUGUGGGUGGCGUGGGCCCGGCUUACAACAGCAUCGCCUGGCCGGCAGCCAUCUGGACGGCGACGUUACGUCAAGGAUUUGUUGGCUGUUUGCGUGACCUGGUCCUCAGUGGUAAAGCGAUCGAUAUAGCUGCCUUUGCACGCGUCCAGGACUCCGCUUCUGUGAAGCCAUCGUGUCACGUGCAGGGCAAUGUGUGCACCGGCAAUCCCUGUUUGAAUGGCGGCACAUGCCUCGAGGGCUGGAAUCGACCCAUCUGCGACUGUUCGGCCACAUUGUACGGCGGACCCACCUGCGGCCGUGAGCUGGCCACGCUGGCCUUCAAUGGUAGCCAGCACAUGACCAUUUGGCUGGCGAAUGGACAGGGCACCAAGACGCAAACAGAGGAGCUGGUGAUACGCUUCAAGACGUCACGACCGGCUGGACUGCUCCUGCUGACCAGUGCCGAAUCCAAUUCCCCAGAUCGACUCGAAAUCGCCCUAGUGGCUGGUCGAAUACGCGCCAGUGUGCGGCUCAGCGAUCGCGAGAAGAACUUGCUCGCUGGGCAGUCGGUGCUGAAUGACAAUAAUUGGCAUACGAUACGCUUUUCGCGUAGAGCGUCCAAUCUGCGACUACAAGUUGACGGGGCUCCCCCCGUCAGGGGUAUGUUAUCUGAGACAAUACUGGGACGCCACAGCACCAUGGAAAUACGAUCCAUACACCUGGGCGGCCUCUUUCAUGCCGAGGAGGAGAUCCAGAUGACCUCGACCAUGCCAAACUUUGUGGGACAAAUGCAGGGUUUCAUAUUCAAUGGCCAGCGCUACUUGGAUAUUGUGAAAUCUCUGGGUCCGGAACUGUCGGCCCUGCCCAGUGCCACCUUUAAGCUGACAGCGCGAUUUGUCAACUCACCAUCUGGACAGCCGUAUCAUGCGGCAACAUUCCGCUCCAAGCACUCCUAUGUGGGAUUGGCCAUGCUCAAAGCCUAUACCAGCAUAUCGAUCGACUUUCGUUUCAAGACCGUGGAGCCGAAUGGUCUGCUAGUAUUCAAUGGUGGGCGACGCAAUGAUUUUGUUGCCGUGGAGCUGGUCAAUGGACACAUCCAUUACACAUUCGAUCUGGGCGACGGACCUGUAACGAUGAGGGAUAAGUCACGCAUCCACAUGAAUGACAAUCGCUGGCAUCAGGUCAGCAUUCGUCGGCCAGGACCCAAGACGCACACCCUAACCGUGGACGAUUCGUUUGAGAUUAUCACCUUAACCGGGAAUAAUAUGCAUUUGGAGCUGGCGGGCAUACUCUAUAUUGGAGGUGUAUUUAAGGACAUGUAUUCUAAGUUGCCCGGUUCGAUUUCGUCACGAUCCGGCUUUGAGGGUUGUUUGGCAUCGUUGGAUUUAGGCGAUACAUCGCCAUCGGUCACAACCGAUGCGGUUGUGCCCAGCUCGUUGGUGGUCAGCGGUUGCGAAGGACCCACCAAGUGCAGCCAGAAUGCGUGCGCCAAUCGAGGUGUCUGCGUCCAGCAAUGGAAUGCCUAUGCCUGCGAAUGCGAUAUGACAUCAUACACGGGUCCGACCUGCUACGACGAAUCGAUUGCUUAUGAGUUUGGUAAUAACAAGGGCAUGGUGCAGUACAAUUUUCCGGAGAACACGCAAGCGGAUACCGAGGAGGAUAAUGUUGCAUUGGGUUUCAUUACCACCAAGCCGGAUGCGGUGCUGUUGCGCAUUGAAAGUGCCACCACACAGGAUUACAUGGAACUGGAGCUGGUCGAGGGCAAUAUCUUUAUGGUCUAUAACAUUGGCAGUGUCGAUUUGCCGCUGGGCGAGAUCGGCACCAAGGUCAACGAUAAUGCGUAUCAUGUGGUGCGGUUCUCGCGCAAGGGUGGCAAUGCAACGCUCCAGCUGGACGACUAUAAUGUGCAGGCACUCACACCCCAGGGCCACCAUUCAACCGUGUUCAACACCAUGUCCAAUAUACAAGUGGGCGGCAAAUUUAGUCGCAACGGUCGCACAAGGAUCGAGCGUUCUUUUGCUGGUGUCAUUGCCGGUUUGUCUGUGAAUAAGCUGCGCAUUUUGGAUUUGGCCGUCGAGCGCGAUCCUCAUAUCACCAUACGGGGAGAUGUUCAAUUGGUAACUGGAGUAUUAGAUAGAAAUGAUCUGCAGAGAAUGCAGCAGACUUUGAACUCUACUCGACAGACGCCGGCGAGUGGUUAUCCGGGUGCGAUAGACGAUCUGAUCUUCUCCGGUGCGGGAUCCGGGUGUCGCGGCGACGAUGAGGACGAAUGCACGCCGCCCUUCGAGUCGGGCAGCGGGGAUGAUCUAAUUACGCCCGUCUAUGUGCCACCCACCAAACAGACGACAACCACGCAGCAGGGCAACAGUCUUGGCCUCGAUCGCAACAACAAUAACACGAACAACAACAACAACAACGGCAACAACAAUGGCACUGAGCGUGCCUGCGACGAUGAGGAUUGUGUCCAUGGCUCCGGGGAUUAUGGUGAGACAACGGAGCAGUUCACCUCAACAUCGACGGCAAAGGGUGCAGAGUCCAAUAACGAGCUGGUAACCGCCUCGACGACAGGACGCAGCGAUGUGACCACAGAACAGCAACAACAUAGCAGCAGCAGCAGCAGUAGCAGCAUCGGCGUGGGUGGCAGCAGCACCACCAAUUAUAUGACCACAAUGCCAAGUGCCGGCAGCAGCAGCACGUCCAGCAGCCAACCGAGCAGCACCAGCAGCAGCAGCAGUGUGAGCACCACCACCCAACGCACCGCCAGCAGCAGCAGCAGCAGGCCAGUAAUAUCCACAACCACGACAACAACAACAACAACGACCAGCACCACAAUGAUGCCGGAGAUACGCACCACAGUCACAGACCGCGAGACCACACACGAUGACUUCGGUGCGAUAGGUGGUGCUGGUGGUGUUGGUGGUGGCAGUCAUGAUCAUGAGCGUAUACAGUUGCCCGAUGAGAAUCCAUUGCCGCCGAUGCCAGCACCGUUGCCACCACAGCCAGAUCCACCGCCAUAUGGACCGUAUGGCGGCAACACGUACAACAGCAACAAUGUGAACAACUAUCGUCCGAAGAGCAAGGGUGGACGCAUCAAUUCCAUUGAGGAGGAGCGCACAGCGAUGAUCAUUGGCAUUGUGGCUGGCAUUCUGAUUGCGGUUAUACUCGUUAUCCUGCUCGUCCUGUGGCUCAAAUCGAACGGCGAUCGUGGCUACAAGACGGAAAGUGAAAAGGCUGCUGCUUAUGGUUCGCAUAAUCCGAAUGCGGCUCUGCUGGGCAAUACCAGCACCAAUGGCUCCUAUCAUCAGCAGCGACAGCAUCAUCAAGCAGCUGGUGGCGUCAACCAAGGACAACUCCAUGGCCAGCUUCAGCAGCAACAGCAUCACGGACAGAACGGACACAACGGCGGUGGCGGUGGCGGCGGCGGCAUGAUGUCCAGUGGCAGUGGUUCACUUGGUUACGGCAGCGAUGGACGGCCACAGAUGGCGGGUCUGGUGCAGCCGAAGGCCAAGAAGCGUGACUCCAAAGACGUCAAGGAGUGGUAUGUGUAAGCAACUCCCGCCAGCGAAAAGCCCAAAGACAAAAAAGCGCGUCAAAUUAGCAAUAAACCACGUGAUCCACAGAUCCCGGAAAAAUGAAAAAACAAACAACAAAAAAUAUAUAUACUCCAUUUAUAUUUACA